AUGUCGCCAACAGAAAAAGCAGUCAAGCGACAACGGCCUGCAGAUGCCAGUCAAGAUGCAAAGGCUGGUCGAAGCAAACGACUCAAAACCGAUGUAAUCCUGCACAAAGGCGAUGCUGCUGUUGCUUUGUCGGAAAAGAAGAAGAAGAAGCAAGCUUCAGAAUGGUCUCUUGAUCUGGUUUUCCGGGGGAACAUCUUCAAUAUCGAUCCAGUGUUUUCUGUAGAUGAAAAAUAUCUCUUCUUGAGUCGCGGCGAUGCCGUUCAAGUAUACUCAUUGGCGACACAGCGACCCGUCAAGACUCUUACAAUGAAAGAUUCAUCCCACGUCACAGGACUUCAGCUCGUGCCAUCGGACCCCCAGCAUCUCUAUAUUUCGACCCAUUCCGGCAGACUCAUACAAUGGGAUUGGGACGCAGGUCGAGAAACCACCAGCCCAGGAAACUUUGUCAAAGUAUCACUCCUCGAGGUUGUUCCGCUCAAAGUACCAGACGAGGAAAAACAGCGCAUGGCAUAUUUUGCAGUCAAGACGAAAGGUGCCCGUUGCCAUAUUGCUGUGAAUACGGAUUGGACGCAACGAAAAGAUGCUCCAGAGACAGUGGUGUUUGACACUGCGAAUGUUAUCACACAUCUCAAGGUUGUUCAAGGUGGUCAAUUCAUCGUUGCUUGUGCUCGCCAGCAACUCAUCAUUGGAACAUUGAGCCCGAAGUCCAAGGAAACGGGGACAUUCGACGAUUACGAAUGGAGAGAGUACAGACUUCCCGUCAAGCAUAUUACUUGCUUGGAUGUUCGAGAAUCGCAGAUUGCUGUUAUCGGAGAGAAUACAACUAUGACAAUCGACAUAGCUAUUGGCGAUGCCUCUGGUGUGAUUCUGGUCUACAAUAAUGUUUUGAGUUCUAUUAGCCGAGAGGGUACAUCUGGUCUACCUCUACUUCAGCGAUUGCAUUGGCACCGCGAAGCUGUCGCUUCUCUUCGGUGGUCAAGAGAUGGAAAUUACAUCAUCUCUGGAGGAAAAGAGUCCGUCUUAGUCUUUUGGCAACUUGAUUCCGGACGCCGAAAUUUCUUGCCUCAUCUAUCCUCUCCUAUUCGCAGUAUCACACUGUCCUCGGUUGGAGCAUUAUAUGCAGUUCAAUUUGCAGACAGGUCUAUCACAGUGAUUUCCGCAACCGAGUUGAAUUCGGUGGCUACAAUCGACGGGUUACAGCUACCCUCGUCGCUUGAGGCACUUGUCGAUAUCAACGACAGAAGCGUCGAACGCAGCCUUGGUGCCGGGUUGCCUGCUAUACUUCAUCCUCGUCAACCUGAGCAACUACUUUUGGCAAGCCCUAGCGGCGACUCUUCAAGUCUUACUUUCCUUCAAACUUUCAAUAUUCAGACUGGAUUACAGGUUGCCCGACAAGCCCUUGCACGAACAAAUGUGACAGUCUUAAACAAAGGACCUGAAGGAACACCAAUCCUGCCACCAAAUGUGGAAUUCAUGGAACUCAGUGGAAACGGUCAGUGUCUUGCUACUAUAGAUUCUUGGAGUCCACAUCAGAAAGAUGUCGAGCCAUCUUUAGGCCCUCUUCUUGACAACGCACAGUUGCAGAAGCGCAAGGAAGUGUUCUUGAAGUUCUGGCAUUGGAGUGAAGCGCAAGGAAUUUGGGAACUUGCAACGCGGGUUGAGACCCCUCAUUUAGCCUUAUCCGGCGAAGCAGUCCAGAUUCUCUCUCUUAAGGCUCGAUCGGAUCGAUCUGAAUUCGUCACACUUGGCUCGGACCUUACCAUCAAAGUUUGGCAGCCCACUGCUCGUUACACUACUUCUGCCAAGUCGCAAUCUCGUUCAAAUACAAUGGAGCAUACUUGGAAGAAUCUUACCUCGAUAGAUUUGUCAUAUGCCGGCCAUGAUAUUACCACGGGUGCGAUGAGCUUUUCUGAAGAUGGGUCUAUUCUUGCUGUGGGAUUGAAAAAUGCGGUUCACCUCAUUGACACUCGACAAUGGUCCGUGUACUGUAGUCGUCAGGUGUUCUCCGCUGAUAGCAUUCGAAGCGUCGAGUUCCAGGGUCGGUACUUGAUCAUUCUAUCUGAACAGUCUCUCGCGGUCUGGAACGUCGUCGAUGAUGUGAUACAGACUCCUGCAACGCCAGCGUCGUCAAGCUCGGGCUCAUUCAAGAACAUUGCAUUGGCUGUGGAUUCGUCAACAGAUACAUUCGCCGUUGUGACCAAGACAUUGGGAGCAAAUCUGCCUAGCCAGCCCAGCCGCAAGACAACCCACAGCAUAACCGUUUAUAGUACCUCGACCAUGACUCCGUUAUCCGAGUCUGGAUUGGAGAAUGCCCCAAUUAAGUUUCUCGCCGAUCCGAACAAUGGAGGAUAUAUUGCGAUCGAUGUCGCGGCAAAUCUCUGGCGAUUCAGUCAUCCCAACCGGAAUAUCCAGGCGCUGGCUGAGUCAUCAGAAGAAUCGGGACGGCAACUCUCAGCCGUAGGCGCUGGUCUUGAUAAUAUCUUUCGUCGAGCUGGUCAGAAAACGUUGGAGCAGACACGUAGCAUUCAACAACCAACAACGCCCACCCUCAAACUGGAAAAUCUUGGGGGCAUCUUCGACCGUGCACCUCCUUUUGCAUUGCCGCCUGCAACAGCGCUAUUUAAGGAUGUUGUCAAUGCCCUUGUAUCCAGUUCGUGA